AUGAUGAACCAAGGGGAGGCAUCACAGAUGGCUGCGAACGUCGAAACUCAUGAGUUUACAACACGAGAACAAUCCAGUCCGCCCACGUUUACCGAGAUGUUGGUUGGAAACGAGCAAAACAUGGUGUUUGAGAUGCCGAACAAUCAAGGUGAUGUCGCUGCUUCAUUAAUUGAAAUGAGUGGUCAGCAAGGUGAUCAAUUCUUCGUGGCAGGGAAUGGGCUCAGUCCUUUUGAGUCACAGACUCAAGCUGCAUUGUGUUCCACAAGCAUCCACCCUGUCCAAGCUCACCUGUCGUACCAAUCGCCUUACGCUCAAGAGGUUCAGCCCUAUUACUCUCAUGUGGCCUCUCAAGAUCCUCUUCCAUUCCAAGCCGAUCCUAUUACUCAAAAUCUCCCCGCCCUUCAAACUUUCCCGGCUGUUCAGACCCCAUUGUCGUUUCAAAUUCCUGUGGAUCCUCAGCUUGCGAUGAUCUCUGGUCCGAACCAGCAAUAUAUUGGACAAGGUCCCCAUGGGACAUAUGAGAAUCCAUAUUGGCGCCGUGCCGAAAACUCCAAAGCUAUGAAUGGAAAUGACAUUUCUGGCGAUGAAUUGACUCCGCGAAGCUGGAGGCCGGGCCAACGGCCGCUUCACAUUCUCGAAUUGCUAACACAUUAUACCGAAGAGAUCGAUAAAGCUAGAUACGAAUGGGGCCUAUUCGACGCUGAGACAAGACAAGCCUAUCCGUCGGAUCAGAGCCAGAAUCGAAAUGAGUACCGCGACAACGAAUAUCAUUACAAAGUUUGCAGAGCACAAUGUAUCUUUUUGGAGAGAAUGAGAGUGUAUACCGAAUCCUACCAGCAAUCUGAAGAUCAUUUGAAGCCCGGAGAUCCAGUUCGCGCCAUAUUUUUCCCGCCUCUAGUGCCGAACGAUUUUCCGCCAAUGAGGACUAUAGCGCCAAUUGGAAAUGUCGGAGGAUUCAGUGGCAUUCAGAAUGAUCCUGCACUCCCACAAGCAAUGGCGCAAGUGUGGGAGGCCCAGAAGCUUCAGCAGAGACAAGAACUUCUGAGGAUGCAGAAUAACGCAUUUCACGCCUUCGAUAGCGAAUCUGCCCGGUUGCAAGGUCCUACACAGCCUAUGGGUCCUUAUUGGUCGCAAGAGUCUUUGGAGGGUUCCCAGUCAACGAAUUUUCCGCGUCUUCAUGAUGAUCAUAUCCCGGCGCAAUAUUUGCAAAUGGCCAAUUAUGGAGACUCCGCUGGAUAUAGUUAUGGGAACGAAGCCGGUAUUAUGAUGAAUGAAAGGCGCUGGAACUAUAAUCAUCUUGGAAAGCCUUCGCAGCCAGCUGUCACUUUCAGCAGCGCAACCUGCCCUCAGCCGCCUGUCCUAUUCGGAGAACCACCUUUUGAUAACCUUAGGAUGGUGAGCCCCGCAGAUUUUCCGCAAUAUAGAUCAGGAAUUCAUCAAAGUUCUCAGGGCGCGACCGCUCCAGGACACCAGGACGGAGCAAAAAUUCACCGACCCGCUCGAGCAAGGGCCUCAAGAAAGAACAGUCGCAACCCGAAGACGACAAAAGUCAGCCGAGCCAGCAGACCUAGAGUUCCGGAGAGACGGACAAAUGAUCCUGUUGAAGAGGGCGCCGGCAAGAUCUUGAUGCCCAGUCAACAUGUUCCCCAACAAGUGGCGGUUGGAGCGGGCAGGUUCAUGAAUCCGCCACCGGAGCAGGCGAAUGAAACUGCAUCCUUUUCGCAAACAAGCGCUCUUGCAGCUCCUGUUGGUAAUGAUGAGACAGCUUCCAAUAACUCAAACAUGGUCCAGACGUCGUCGGAAACAGCAAGCAUAGAGUCAUCGAGCGUGGACGCAGAUGACCCGACCGACCUUCACGGUCCACCGCACCAAAAAUAA